CUCCUUUGUACUCAGAGUCGCACCAGGCUUUAAGCUAAGAGGCCGCCGCCGCCGCGAUACGGCCACCGCCAAGACUGCAACCGCCUCCACCAGCACCUAGUUCGCGUCGUUGUCCACUCCACCACCAGUUUCAACUUUUCCCCUUCUUGAUGAAAAUGGGAUUAUCUGCGAAGAAAUCUAAAAAAAUGCGAAACAGUGACAGUGAUUCGGAUGAAUACAAUGAUAUGGAGUACGAGGAGGUGGAGGAUGAUUAUGUUGAUGAAGACGGUGAGGAGGAGGAGGAGGAGGAGGAGGAAGAAGAAGAAGAAGAACAUGGAGAGGAGGGAACAGAUGGGGAAGAAAAUAGGGCAGUAGAAAAUGAUGAGAUGGAACAGCUUGAGAAAGAGUAUAGGGAUCUUUAUCACCAGGAGUUAGAUACUUUGAAGAACUUGAAGCAUCAUAAAGAUGAAGAUCUCCUUAAAGGUCAAGCUGUAAAAAGCCAGAAGGCCCUCUGGUACAAAAUUCUUGAGCUUAGGUUCUUAAUUCAGAAGCCAUUCUCAAGUUCAAAUAGGUUACCCCAGGAACCAAUCAGGUCUUCAUUCUGUGAAUUAGAUGAGACAGUUAGAGAAUCAUAUUCAGAUCUGAUGUCUUCUUCCAAGGAAACUUUAGAUUCUAUAUUGGAACUACAAGAGGCUCUGUUUGCAAAUAAUCCGUUGAUUACCCAAUCCACAAAUGGUUCAGAAAGGUCAUCAAAAGAUUUAGAAGCUUCUAAGCAUUUGGAAGGCAAUCUUGAUCAAGAGUGGUCACAGAUUUCUCAGAUGCACAAGAGUGUAGCAUCUUUCAGAGACAAGUCAAUCAACAAAUGGCAGAGGAUGACACAAGUGACAACCGGUGCUGCUGCCAUUAAAGGCAAAUUGCAUGCUUUUAAUCAGGAUAUUAGUAAUCAAGUUGCUGCUUAUAUGAGGGAUCCAAGUAGAAUGAUCAAGCAGAUGCAACUGAGAAGAUCAGCUAUUAAUAUGUUUGGAGCUGUUCCUGACGUUAAUGAUAACUCUAAAGAAGUGGAAACACAUACUGAUGGUGAUCCUGAACUUCUGGACGACUCUGACUUUUAUCAGCAAUUAUUGAAAGAAUUUUUUGAGACAGUUGAUCCUUCAUCAUCUGAGAAAGCAUUUUAUGCUUUGAAGAGAAUGCAAACGAAGAAAAGAAAAAUUGUUGAUCGUCGUGCCUCUAAAAGUCGCAAGUUAAGGUACAAUGUUCAUGAAAAGAUAGUAAAUUUUAUGGCUCCUCAACCAACGAAUCUUCCUCCUAUGGCUCCGAAGUUAUUUGAGAAUCUAUUUGGAUUGAAGAAGCAAACAUCAUCUGCUGCAGCCUCAUAAUCAUGGUUGGCAGACAUAAAUAUAGGCUUCCCAGUUUUGCCUUAUUACUUGACAUGAUGUAUGUUGUACUACAACAUGAUGUUGAAUAUUGAGGAAUUUGAUUUUUCUCCUUACGAUACAAUUUUGUUGUAAAUCUAUUUAGCAAUAGAUAUGCCAAACAGGUAUUUUCGUCAGUUUAAGGUAGCUCUUGUUCUGUGGGGACACAUUUAAGUACACAUAGUUCCAAAACCGAAUUUUAUUUAAAUCCGGUUUUGGAACACAU